GUGGUGUUUGACCUAUGGAGAAUUAGGUACGAAAUGUUAUGACAGCGAAACCACUACUGAAGAGUAUUCAGAUAUUUGUUUGAAAAUGGCGGCCAAGCAGUCGUUGGAUCCAAGAUUUGCAGAACGAAUGUUUGUGCAUAGUCAAACAAGGGUUCCACAAUACUCACGGACUCACGGCCAGGUACCGAGGUUAUAUGUCCAGGAAUGGAAGACAGACAUGAAAAACAGAGAGCUGAUUAUAAAGAAUGCAGAGCUUGGUGGAGUACCACAUUAUGAGCAUGAUGAGAAUCUGUUCCUUGACAAACGUGAGCAGAUGGUUUACAAUGUGGAGAACAGGAAUCGUGUAGACAGGAAGUGCAAGAUGCCAGAUAGAGAACAGCUUCUACGCCCGCCAUUCCACCAUGAAACCUCUAGAUACCAGAGUGAAUUAAUGUUCAGAAGAGAUGUCUAGAAACUUUAAUAAAUGUUUAUCUAUCCUGCUUUUCUUUCCUCAAUGAAUACUGCUCAUUGUGAACACCCAGUCCCAAUAUUUUGUUGUGAACACACCUGUUACUUUGUUUUAUUGUUAUUGUGGAAAAUAUAGUCACUACAUAUAUACUUGU